AUGAAUCACCUGCCAAAUAAAACCAACAAAGCAGACAAAUUUAAUGAGCUGGUUAAAUUGAUGAAAACGAUAUUUAAAUCAACCAACACCAUCUAUGCAUGGGGUCGUUUACGUGCCGAACUGGAACCAUUUUCACACAGUGGUUUGUUUCAACUUUCCGAUAUUCCAGCAAAAGUAUUCAAUCUUCAACGUCGUUUUCGAGAGUGGUAUAAUGACCGACACCCACACAUCGAAGAAUGUCAACGACAAAAACCGGUCCACAACAGCGAUGACUACGACGAUUGUCUCUGUCCACGUACUCAUCGUCCAUACAAGGCAGUUAAUGACCAGUGGGGUCUUCAGAUGGCCAUAGCAAGAACAUUUGGCCAAUAUUUAGAUAAAUCAAGCGCAUUGGCAAAUUCGGCAGUUGGACUUGAUACGGCCUUGAGUGCUUAUAUGUCACCACAAGAACGUGAACGAUUAAAAACAUAUGCAGCGUACGACUGUUUGGCCGUUCGAAAUUAUGAUCAAACAUUUACGGAUAUGGUUCUUCAUGUUCAAAAUGAAGAACCAGCCGUACAGGAUCAACAACAGCAAACCGAUAAUCAGGACGAAUCAUCGCCACAAGUCCUACAGCAAGAUCACAAUUCAAUGAAUUUAGAUCUAGUUCUUCAUGUACAACAUGAAGAACCAUUGGAACAAACAGCAGAAGAAGAAGAUAAUCAUCAUUAUGUACAAGGUCACCAACAACCACACUUACAAUCCAAAAUCGUUAUACCACCAAGAUCAAAAAUCGUCAACAUAUCGUAUUUGCAAUCCAAAGUAGUCUAA